GGGGCCGCUGAGGUCAGCAGGUUACGUACUAAUGACGCGAGGGGCGGGCCAUCCGCAGAGUCCUUCCUGUGAGUUGCUGGCUCCGCCCUUACUGGCCUUCCAGCCCCUGUGCAGCUGCUUCCGGACUUGGUUGCUUCGGCGGGCGGCUCCGUGAGGCCGCAGCCACAGCAGCAGCACUCGAACGCCUGGGUCCCGGCGCUUUGCCUCGCGACUGGGAUCUCUGAGGACAUCUCUAGCCCGACCCUUUGGAGGUCGCGUCUCAGCUGCGUGCUUGGGGGGCACAUCCGGCUGCUUUGUAAAGAUUCAUAGCCAUCUAAAUUCAAGGGACGUACCUGCUGGCUGGAGUUCGCCGGACCCUUCCCCCCACCCUCCAAUACGAGGCUUCCUAUUACUGAGGUCCUUUAAGCCAGCAGCUCAGGACCUCCCACAUCGGGAGCACCUAGGACGGGGCGACCUUCCUACCUACCUUCCUUCCUUCCUUCCUUCAUGGAUGGAGCACCGCCUCCCCAAUUUUUGGGACACCUUGGGGCGUGGCCUUGGUGAGUGAAACUCGGUGUACUUGGCUGGGAAGGAAACCCGGAAACAGGGAGGACACUGUCGGGGUGACCGGAACCGUAUCAGAUCCUGAGACUCUUGUAAUCUCGUGUGUGGGGUGGUGUUGGUGAAUGAAUUUGGAUGUGCCUCCUCUCUUUAUCUCAACACUGAAAAGGAAACAAGCCACCUGCCCUACUGGAGGCUUCUUGACCAUUCAGGGAAGUCGGUAGCCACUUCUGAAUUCAGAGUACGACUCACCAAGCAGAUACCUGCUCUUCUGAGCCUGAACAAACUGUCUUCUGAGGAGACCCUCAAACCUGAGCAGUGCCAGGAAGCGCCCCAGAAUUUGGGGGCUCGUUACGCGCUCCAGCUAUGUUCCUCCGACGGCUUGGUGGCUGGAUACCUCGCCCUUGGGGCCGUCAGAAACCCGGGCCUGACCUGCCCACCGCAGAACCCAGACAGGUGAACAGUUCCUCUGAGAAUUCAGGGAGUGACUGGGACAGUGCCCCAGAAACCAUGGGAGAUACGGGGCCUCCCAAGACAAAGGACUCAGGAGCCUGGAGGAGAUCUGGGGCUUCUCCAGAACCAAUCAGGGAGCCCCAUGUUGAGCCACUGGGGAGCAGAAGAAUGGAUUCCUUCAAGGGGGUCAAGACUAGUGCCAGCACUCAAGAGUCUGGAAGACUGGAGGCUGCGGAGGCCAUUCCCAAGCUGGGAUGGGAUCCUGUGGAUUCAGGUGGCACCAGGAAAUCUGGAGUGUCCCCAGAAGGGGGACUGAACUCCCCUGGGCCUGAAACGCCAGUGGAGAAGCCCAGCUGGCGGGGGCAGCAGAAACUGCUGGGCUGGCUGCGGAGGGAACCAAGUAGGGGAGCAGGGGCUCCCUCGCAAUACCUGGGUGCCCCAGAGGAGUGUCUGCAAAUCUCCACCAACCUGACCCUUCACUUGCUGGAGCUACUGGUCUCAGCCCUGCUGGGGCUGUGUUCACGGCCACUGCGGGCAGCCUUGAACGCAUUGGGCCUGAGUGGGCCACUGGGCCUCUGGCUGCAUGGGCUGCUGUCUUUCCUGGCUGCUCUGCAUGGGCUCCAUGCUGUGCUGAGCCUACUUACUGCUCACCCCCUGCACUUCGCCUGCCUCUUUGGUCUCCUACAGGCCCUGGUGCUGGCUGUCAGCCUCCGGGAGUCCAGUGGGGAUGAGGAGGACGCUGACUUGGAGGGUGAGAAGUUGGGGCGGGAGAGUAAGGAUCAGAGGGGAGACCCAGGAAAGGGGCUAUGACCUCAGAGUCGGGUGUGACCCAGGACUCCCCACUCAGUGGGAUAAGAGCAAGAGUGAAGACUGUGGCCAUUAGGAGGAGAGUAGGGGGCAUGACCCAGACUGUAAGCACAGGGACCUCAGGGAUAGGGAAGAAACCCCAGAGUAUGAGGAUACAGGUCCCCAUCUCACCCACAGGAGAAAACAGCUGUUCAGGUUUAUGGACAGUUGGGGCAUGGCCUUUGUAUUCACCAGCUGUUGUUAUUUUGAUUUUACACGUUUCUCCCACCUUCCUUUUUUUCCCCCAUCUUCACUUUAUAAAAGCAAAAAAAAAAAACAAAAAACGUGGUGGUGGAGAAUAAAGACUAAAGGGUCCUUUCUACCUCUCAAGACUCCCCAGGGACAGACAGAACUCUUGCUGGGGUAAGAGGGUGGUUGGGAGACCAAGGGGUCCCUUGGAUCUUGGGACAUCUAGGGAAGAGGGGCUGCUGGGUGGUUAGAUUUGGGGUCUGGAUGGGGUGCACAAGUGACAGGGAGCCUGCAGAGAUGAUGUGGGUGUUCCUGGGAGCCAGAGGGAGUGGGGAUGGUGCAGGCAGUAGUGGCAGGAGGGCCGGCUCAGGCUCUGGCAGCCCAGACAGGCAGUGUGGGGAAGCGUUGGAGCUUGCAGUUCCCAGGCAGGGGUUAGAGGUUGCUCACUCAGCAAUAAAUCAAAAUGUCACACCGAAUCCUAAAUAUACUAUUACAAAGUGAGUUACUGCCACUCAGUGUCCUUCCUGACACCGUCCAGUUCAGGGUUUAGGUGAUAGAAGGUUCAGGGGGAGAUUGGAAAUUGGAGUCGGACUGAUGUCUGGAGACAAACCCCAAUGUGAGAUGAGGAUUGAAAAAUAACCUUUAUUACUAUUGAAAAGGAUUCUUCAGCUUCUCUUCUCCCCCACCACUACCUUAGCUCCCACUGAAUCCAUCUGGGGGCACAGAUGUAGCCACAGGUCAGUUACUGGAUUGCUUACAGACUCCUGGUGGAAGGAGGGAGAAAAGAGGAUGGAAAGGAAGGAAAUCAAGGAAGAGAAGCAAGGUUGCUAGUAAUAGGUGGAAGAGAAUGCAUUCUCUCAUUCUUCCCCUGUCAAAGAAGGGGUCCCUGAGGCCUAUUUCCCUUCCCAUGUUUGACUCUCUGCGCACUUUAUCCUCUGCAAACCCAGAAACCUCUCUUUAGUAGCCCACAGCCCAUCCUGGCUCCGCCUGGUGCCAUCACAACCUAUGACACAAAUGGAGGUGUGAACACAGCCAAUCUGAUGAUGUCAGUCUUUGGUCCUGCCCUCUGGUGACAUCACUUGAGUCCCUUUCAUCCAGCACCCACA